UCUUGGCUGUGACCGGGGUUCAGCUUCGUGCUACCCCGGCUGCCGACGGGUGGCGUUCGAUCCGCAUGCGCGCCGAGCACGCAACAUAUUCUACACACACCACCGUCAGUAGAUUCCGAAAAUCGUGCGAGGUUCCUGUCGUCCUCUCACAACACACAAACUCUUGUACACGGCGCAACGCUCGACGAUUCGUAGUGACCCUUCGUAACCCUAACAAUUCGACUAAUAAUUAGUGAUACCACACAUCAUAAACAAUCGCUAGCUGCAGUAUAAAACGGUGCAGUGCGUCGUUUGUUAUUUGCAAGACAUUGUAGUGCGUGUUUGUCUGUUUUCUUUUCUUUCACACUGUUUUUGUUAUCGUGUUUGGUGUUUAUCAAUCGUUCCACUCUAGAGGAUUAAAUAAAAGUCAAUACACAUACAGAUUAUGACCGGAUAUAUUGAAGAGACUUAAAUUUGUAAUCCGAUUGAAGACCAAUUAUGUUGGCCGCGUCGGAAAACAGCAGUUACAUCGCUGGUCCAGAUGGCGGGAGAGUAUUGGGUGCAAUCGCUGGCCUCGGCGUGCUAUUGUUAGUCUUUCUCUUGUAUAUAAACAAAAAAUGGCUGUGGGGUGGCGUGGGCGCGAUAAGCUGCUGCGACGAAAAUUGCCCGCCAGUGUCCACGCGCCCGGUGCCAUCCCCCACAGUGCCUUCGAGUCAACUUCCGCACGGAGCGCUCAAUGGCGGCGGCACUGUCACCAGUCCCAACGUCGGCAAGCCCACGAGCAAAUUAGUUAAAGAAUAUUCUUUCGAUGGAGGUGACUCGAGCAGUGAAUCGGAAAUGGGUGGACCUCGAGGCAAUUAUCAAAUGCCUUCAGGUGCCACAGGACCAUACUAUCCGCCACGACAGGUACACGACCUGAUAUCGCUGGUGGAAAAGGGUCGUGUUGGUGUGAGCAGCAACAGCUCCUGCUGCAGUUCAACGACGAGUUCAGUCGGAGAGCGUCAUGGCGUCCCAGCGACGAAAGUCACCAGUGCGCAGGUCAACGCGAUGCAAUUACAGAGAACACCAACUGGUACAUUGCGGGAAACGAAAAUCGACAAUCAGGACUUGCACAGAAUAGACAAUGCCCCGGUCAGUAUGGACCACCACGCUACCGACAUCAAUAGCAACAGAGAUUGCAUUGUGGUCAUGGGUGAGGGCGAGGGCAGCGAGUUGGUGUCCUGUGUGGGGUCAGAACCGGAGGCACAACUGCUGAGUAAAUGCGGGCAUCUGGAGAUCGCGCUGCUGUACGACGCGCCCAUGCGUAAGAUGACCGUACAUGUAUUGCAGGCGCGCGACAUCCCCAGCCGGGAUCGCGGUCAACCCACACACACGCAGGUGCGGUUGAUACUGCUGCCCAGUAAGAAGCAGAAGCACAAAACGAAAAUCCGCUCCGGCGAUAAUCCGCAGUAUAUGGAAAGUUUCCUGCUUCAUCGUGUAAAUCCAGAGGACGUCAACUCAAUGGGAGUGCGUCUUCGGUUGUACGGCUGCGAGCGCAUGAAGAGAGAACGUCUCAUCGGUGAAGCCAUAGUCAGUUUCGCCAACAUCAAUUUGGAGUUGGAGAAUAAUUUCUGGCUUAAUUUGGAACCCCGUGCAAAUACUACAUUGAGCAGUGGUUGCACGGCGGAGCUCAUGAGUUUGGCCCGAUCGGAUAGCACCGGAUCUACGCAUUCCAUGCAACAUGGCGGUGUUCCCGAACUUCUCCUGGGACUGUGCUAUAACGCAACCACGGGACGUCUCAGCGUCGAGGUCGUAAAAGGAUCGCAUUUCAGAAACUUAGCAUUGAAUCGUGCACCGGAUACCUACGUGAAACUCCAUCUGGUGAGUAGCACUGGGCAAGAAUUGGCGCAGAGCAAAACAACAGUGAGAAGAGGGCAACCCAAUCCAUUGUUCAAGGAGACCUUUGUUUUUCAAGUGGCACUGUUCCAACUGGCGGACGUGACACUAAUGGUCUCCAUCUACAAUCGGCGGGGCGUGACCAAAAAGAAGGAGAUGGUUGGUUGGUUUAGUCUCGGAUUGAAUUCGAGCGGUGCCGAGGAGUUGGCACACUGGAUGGACAUGAAGGAGUUCCAGCAGGAGCAGAUUUGCCGGUGGCACGUCCUGGUGCGGUCAUAGCCCACCCGCUUGACAUAUCAUUUACCUGCUACCAACGAGCGUCGCGACUUCUUUGUAUUGAACCAUGACGACUGGAUUAUCGAAACCAACGAAGACAUGAUGUACCACUGAAGUCGAAUAGAGGAUUGCGCAUCAAAUUGAGCGACAUACGUUGUCAUCAAAAUGAUACAGACGUACUGUGAACCAAACCAAUUCAAUAAAAAUACUCGAUUGUGAAUAUGUAUUAAGAUUGACUCUGGUUGUAUGUUGUUUGAUUAUAUUUAUUGUAUACAUACUCUGCACAGCUGAAUCACAAUCUGCACCAAAACUUAAUGUAUCUUUUUACUAUUGAAAUAAUUAAUUGUAUUCCACAUAUUUUGUACUAACAAAUAAAUAAAACCAUUUUAUUAAUGUCAUUCAAAACAAA